UGUCAUUCCCACGCACUGUCCAAAUGACCGCAUAGACGCUCUUGUAUGACCUCACCUUGACAUUUGCUCCCCGACCACGCCCAUUAGAAAUCUCUAUAAAGAGGCCCUCGAAUCCAGCAUCAACCACUUUCUCAUCAGCAACAAUCUUCUCCAUGACCAUCAAGCACCUUAUCCACAAACCGAUUUUCCAAUCCCGCAUUUCAAUCGCCCGAUUCUCCUCCCAAUCGAUCAAAAUGGCCGACAAGUACAAGCCCUCUGAGCACGGUGGUCUCCGCGAGGACGGCCAGCCCGACAAGCGCACCCAGCAGUCCCAGUUCGCCUACGGCAAGGUUGACCCUCACAAGGCCGGUCAGGAAGGAGGCUCCAUCGGCGGCCAGGCCACCGGCAGCCACAGCGGUGGCAGCGCCAAGGGCGAGUUUGCCCAUGGCAAGGUCGAUCCUCACGAGGCCGGCAAGAAGGGCGGCAGCACGCUCGGUGACGAGUAGACCAAGCAUGGCUCACGAUGUGAAACGACCUGGAACAUGACAUGACUCUCGAAUACACGAUCAGGGAUCGAUACAUGUAAUUUAGUGAAUCUCAUGACUUGAGAAUUCGAUUUUUGCACUCAUG